GCGGCGGCGUCAAACAUUUGAUCAAUUACUUUCAAACCGAGUAUGUCAUGGCUUUCUUGAUGGGCUUAAAUGAGUCGUUUAAUCAGGUUCGUGCUCAACUCUUGCUCAUGGAGCCUGAAYCGACUAUUAAUCGUGCUUUUUCGUUGGUUGCUCAAGAGGUUGAACAACGAACUUCUCUUGCUACUGCUUCAUCUGCUUUUGCUUCUUCAAUUCCUGCAGCCUUUUUGGCGCGCACCUCAGCCUCUUCGAACAAUACUCGUGCUUCGUCACAACCUCGCCGAAAAGAGAGGCCUUAUUGUACUCACUGUCAUCUCCAGGGUCACACAGUUGAUAGAUGUUAUAAACUACAUGGUUAUCCUCCCGGUUUUCGUUCUACUUCGAAGAGUAYCAAUUCUUCUUCGAAAUCGCCCAUCGAUGCCACAAAUCAGUCGGCAAYUACUUCUUCAGUUGCUUCUUCGUCCAAUGCUGAUUCGUUGAGUAAUUACARUGCUGAUCARUUCCAAGGGCUUUUGACUUUUCUGCAGUCUCAUUUGGCAUCCAUGAAGCCAACAUCCGAUUCUGGUGCCUCUUCUUCCAGUCAUGUGGCAGGCCAAGUCCUCUUUGAAGACGAUUGGCAAGGCUGAGCWCUGGAAUGGUUUAUAUCUUCUGCGUGCAGAUGCUUCUCGGUUUGCUCAUUCCAAUUUGCUAGAACAUGAUUUGUUGCCUGUCUGUAGUGUAAAUUCUGUUUCUGAUUUUARUAAGUGGCAUGAUAGACUUGGCCACCCUUCUGAUAAWCACAUGUUAGCAUUAAAGGAUAUCUUACCUAUUGAUGCUUCUCGUGUUUCUUCUCUGCGAUCAUGUGUUAUUUGUCCUUUAUCAAAGCAGAAACRGUUAUCUUUUCAUGCUCACAAUCAUAUAGCURAUAUGCCUUUUGAUUUACUUCAUUGUGAUAUUUGGGGGCC